CAGCUGUUCGCCAUGUCAAGUCAGUGCCAGCUGUUACUCGUCUCUUGUUAAUCUGAUACGAUUGCUAACGUAUGGAAGGUGUAAAUUGAUAUUUCUCAGUUGUGUAACAUUUUAAACACACAGAUGACGACGAGGACGAGUACUAAGGGACAAUGUCUGGUUAUUUUAUUGUUUGGUUCAGCAGCAAUAUUCUUUGUAUACCUAUAUCCUUCAGUAUCCGAGUUUUCUAUUUCAAAUAGAACAUUGGGGACGAAACAACAGCAUAUUGUGGCAAGUACCCUCAAGGCACAACCCCCUGGAAAACAUGUGCUUACGUUCAACACCCAAAACAAUUCUAUAACACGACAUCACAACAAUCUGACAUACGUUGGUAGUGUGAAGACAUCUCCACCAGACAGUUCUUCUCUUGAAGAAAUGAAGAACCAGGAAGUAAAGAUUAUACUGUGGUAUAUUAAGACACGCUACACCAUGCCAAUAUUACUACCAAAACCUUUAAACAACUGUCCCUGGAAAUGUUCCAUCACGACCAAUCACAAAUACCAAAAUGAAAGUAGUGCAUUAUUAUUUGCUGCUCAGAUAUUAAAAGGAUCGGUGCCGUAUCGUCAUGAUGAUCAGGUGUUUGUAUUUCAUAAUCAUGAACCGGCUAAUAGCCUAUUAGGUCGUAGUGAUAUCGAUAAACCCGAAUGGAGAUCUCAAGUUAACUGGACAAUGUGGUACCGUACAGAUGCUGAUAUUUACGAACCCUACGCUAUCAUCAAAAAACGAGACAAUCCUCCCAUACGAGAUUAUCAUACAAUUAUUAAGUCGAAAACUAAAAUGGUAGCUUGGUUGGUCUCAAACUGUGUUACACAAUCACUCCGGGAAAAAUACGUAAAGGAAUUGCAGAAAUACAUUGAUGUUGACGUGUAUGGUGGAUGUGGAAAAUUAAAAUGUGGACGCGAUGACGAUGAGCAGUGUAUGGAUAUGAUAAAUAAAGAUUAUAAAUUCUAUCUGGCAUUUGAAAACAGCCAUUGCAAGGAUUACGUCACAGAAAAAUUCUUCCGAUAUUACGCGGGUGAUUUUAUUCUCAUCGCACGUGGCGCAGCAAAUUAUAAAACGUUGGCGCCAAAUGGAACGUUCAUUGACACAGCUGACUUUAGUUCAGUUGAAAAUUUAGCGAAAUAUCUAAAACGUUUGAAUGAUAAUGAUGAAGAAUAUAUGUCUAUUUUAAAACGUAAAGAUGAAUAUGAAAGUUUGUUUGAAGAAUAUGAUAUAAUAAAGAACAACAGAGUUGUGUACAGAACAUAUCAUUAUUUCCAACAACCAAUAUGCGAGUUGUGUCGACGAUUGUGGAAUCUCGAUCAAUAUAGAAAGUCGUAUUCGGACAUAAAUAAAUGGUUUAGGGAAAAACUUUGUUAUAAACCAACCGAUAUUUAAUGGAUUCUUGUAUUCACCUUCAUCUGCCUUGGGGUGGAUACCCGAAUGGUUAGGACGUGCGCGCUGUAUCAUAAGGUCUGUCAUUGAAUCUACUGGCGUGGUUCCGAUUCUCCGGUCGUACGUGACAAGAAGUAGGGUCGCCAGUCCAACCUCUUGGGUUUUCUCCGUGUCCUCCCACUGCUAAAGACCCCUACGCGGAAGCGAAUUAUUGAAAUAAAAUGAACCAUGUGUUAGUCUCCGUGCUUUAAUACAUUCAAUUAUGUUUUCAACCAUCCACAUAUUUUUUUAAAAAUUAUAAAUUCAUUUUAUCGAAUCAAAUUCGGGUGGGGAUCUAGGCCGUUUCUGUUGCUAGCGGAUACUAAGAGACGGUUUUGUUAGGGCGUUAUGCGAUGGAUUAAGAUGGCUUUGAACUAUUUUAUUAUUUAAUGUCUGUUGGCUUAUUAAUUCAGUUUAGCUUAAGCAUGCUUUUAUUAUUAUUCUGGGUUCAUGUGUCAGAUAAUUUUAUUUGAAUUUCCUGCCACAAUUUUUUGGGGCAAUGUGCAAAUUUUAAUAUACAUUUAGAUCGAUUUUACAAUGGAAGGGGGACAACUUCAUUUUAAUAAACUGAUCA